UGUCACAACGACGACGGUCCACUCCGGUUCCACCAUGAUCAGUGUGGCAUGGUAUACCCAAAACAGACUGGAUUUUUAAGGAUAUCCGAAUUGACAUUUUGUUAGUACAUGUAUUAGCCGUGCAGUGAUACGGAGGUAUCCAUAUAUAUUAAUAUACUUAGCUGUAUAAAGCAAAACGUUCAAAGAAAAGGCGAGUUUUGUCAACAGCAGGAGUGCUGCUCUUGCGUUGUUGAUGUGUGGUCUGUGUGAGCUGGCUGACAGACUGGAAAACAGAGGCAGGGCGACUCCGAGACAACAGAUAAGAGACCCCGAGGUAGCGAGCGGACGGGAGGCAUGCUGCUCUUCUUCAGGAAGAGGAAGCCCAGCGAGGAGUCGAGGAAGAGGCUUGAACACCAGCUGUGCCUGGCCAAGGAAGCUGGAGCCGAUGACGUCCUGGAUAUCUCUGGGUGCGAGCUGUCAGAGAUCCCAGCCAGUGUCUUUUCGACAUGCAAGGUGCUGCAGAAGAAGGUGUUUAUUGUUCAUGACAAUCAGCUGACAUCUCUGGUGCCCAAAUCCUGCAGCAUCACCAGCCUGGUCACUCUAAAGGUGCUGGAUCUUCAUGAGAACAAGCUGACAUCACUUCCUGCUGACCUGGGGCAGCUGCGCUCCCUGCAGGUGCUGAAUGUGGAGAGGAACCAGCUGCAGUGUCUCCCAGAGUCCAUUGGUGAACUGUCCCAGCUGCAGACACUCAGUGUGAGAGGGAACUGUUUGUCCGAGCUGCCCACCUCCCUGGGGCGCAUGAGGAGCCUGCGGACCCUUGACCUCAGCGAGAACAAAGUGAGGGAGCUGCCCACCGAGCUGGCCAGCGUCCGCACACUGGAGACCCUGACUCUGGACGCUGCUGCCAUGACCUUCCCCCCGGCCAGUGUGUGUGCAGGAGGCACCGAGGCCAUCCAGCAGUUCCUCUGCGCAGAGCUGGGGGUGGAGUACUGCCCUCCCUCUCAGUACCUGCUGUCUGUGCUGGAGAGGAAGCAGGGGGCUGCGCUGGAGGACUGUGUGGAUGGGGGGAGCUCCUCACCAGUGCAGGAGGAGGAGAUCUGGCAGAACAAGUUCCAGGACUACGACAAGAGAAAGGAGCAGAAGAAUCUGGAGAAGCUGGAGUUUGAGCGUCGGCUGGGAGAGGAGCAGAGGGAACAUGCCCAGCUCCUCCAGCUAAACAACUCCCACAAGGAGGACGUCCUGCACUCCGUCAAACAGGAGCAUCAGCGGCUGGAGGCGGGGCUAUGCCAUCAGCGGAGGGUCCUGGAGGCGGAGCGUCACAGGCUGAUGCACCAAUUGAAAGUGGUGGAGGAGAGCAUCACGGGGCGGAUCAAGAGCCUGCUGAUGCAGAACCAGAGACAGAAGAAGGGUGCUGAGCUGCUGCAGACCCUGGAGAAGGAGAGAGUGCGCACGGAGCGACUGACCGCCAUCACACAGGAAGAGGCGGAGCGUCUGCGCAGGAAGGAGGUGGCAGCCGCUAUGCAGCAGAUGCUGUCGGAGAGCUACUCCAUCAGACUGAUCCAGGAGGCGUGCGACUCCCGCAGGCAGAGCCUCGUCUCGGAGACCUGCAGCAGUCUGGGCCAGAUGGACAGGAUGUUCGAGCAGGUCCUGUCUUUACAGCAGCUGGAUCAGAGCAAAGCCCUCCAUCACAUCCUUCAGGAGGAGGAGAUGCAGAAGGCAGCGUUCGAAGCCAUGCAGCUUCAGAAGGACGGAAUGCACAGAUACAUCCGGAACCAGAUUAAGUUAAUAGAGGCUGAAUUAAUGCAGCUGACAAAGCUGGAGGUAAAGAGGCGUGAUCUGGACACUGAGAACCUACAGGAAGUGCUGUCCGACCAGCGCAGCGCCCUCGCUGACCUCCUGCAGCAGCUCCUCAAACAGAAGGACCAGCGCGAGACGGAGCUCCGCGACAUCCUGGUUGAGAUGCAGCAGAAGAGCGAGGCCAGUCAGGAGAAUUACUGGAUGAUCCAAUACCAGAGGCUGCUGGACGCCAAGCCGCAGUCCCUCCAAGUGCAGGAAGCCGGUCUGCAGCAGGGCUUGGUUGAUCUGCUCGUUGGGCUCUCUGCUCAGCACUACCUGCCCAUCCUGGCACACCACCGUGUUUCCACAGAGACGCUGCGGGGUCUGAGUGCGGCUGACCUCAAGCAGAUGGGGAUCAGCGAGGUGGGGGUGCAGCGGGCUCUGCUCAGCUGGGCCCAGGAGCAGGGGCCCACAGCGCCGCCAGAGCCCUCGAAGGCAGUGGAGAAGGAGGUUGAUCAGGAGGGGGAGAGGGAGUCACCACCCAGCCCUCACCCACCCCCCAGCGCCCUGGAGGGAGGGGGGCAAUCGGAGUGUGUGGUCUGCAUGGAACGUGAGUCCCAGAUCAUCUUCCUGGCCUGCGGUCACGCGUGUUGCUGCUCCAGCUGCAGCGAGGCCCUGCGGAGCUGCCCGCUGUGCCGCGGUGACAUCGCACAGCGCAUCCGCAUCUACAGGCACUAGGGGGUGCUACACCACUGGACACACACUGCACUUUAUAUCUGCCGGCAUGAAGCCGCCGAUGUUAUCUUUUGAGGUCCUCUCCUGUCUUAACUAGUCGUUGGGCUGGGGGACUGGGGGGUGGUAUUUGGUGAUGGAACGUCCUGCAGUGCGGUCUUGGGUAAGAGGGGCUCUCCUGUAUAAACGGUUGAAGUGGCUGUCUUCCUAAACUGGUUGUAUUUCCCUUUAACUCUAAUGUAUGAGGUGUAGCCAGCUUUCCAUACAAGUGCUCUUAAAGCUGAAUAUAAUAUAGUUGCUAAGGCUCAAGCAAUGUGAACUCGCUUUGCCAGACCCCCGUGUUUCCUUGAUGUACAUCCUCGCAUGCUCACACGAGCAGGUGCAGCUCGUGGGAGUGACUCUGUCCGGUAUCCGACACACAGUGUGUCUGUGGACUGCGCCACUUCUGCUGCUUCGAGCCAAGCUCAGAUCUCUGGAACUCAGUGGAGUUACUCGGGCUCUUCUGCUGAUGAUCAGCAGGGUCAGAAACUCACAGUACACCUGCACCCAGCCCCCUUGUUUUAGAUCCAUUCUUGAAACGAUCCUGCUGAAUCAGUCUCUAAACCUGUAGGUUUGCUAUCAGCUCAUGCGGCUAGAGGGGAGCUGUGUUAAACAGGGAGGCUCAAACUCCUGCCUGCUGAUAACUGAAACGAUUGAGGGUGUUUCUGAAAGACAGGACUGGGUGCAAGUGUCUUAAGAUUCUCCUGCACUCCCUGCAUCGCCCCAGCCUGUUCUGUAUUAGAUGCAUGAGCCUACGUGAAUUCACUCCCCUGCCCUCCAUUUGCUGAUAAAUAAGGGGUGCUGGUGAUUUCUAGAGCCAGCUGGCUGCUUUGCGUUUCAUUAUUUUAAUGUAAAGGCUAUGAGUCCAUGAGAGGGAAGCCUACGAGUGACGCACAGUGAAAUAUGGAGCUGCACUGUGGCUGGUGUUUUUAUAUGUAAUGGAUGUAUUUUUUUUUCUCUUUUUACUUUGCAUCCAUUGUUUUUAAUGUCAGAGCCAUCUCUAAACAAUGCAGUCUUUGAGUCUGUGUCUCAUAAUGCUGCGCUGCACUCUGAAAAUAGGAGCAGCAGCAGCUCUCUCACUGGCUGUGGGGUAGACCUGGAAUCUCAUGAUCCUUCUCUCAAGGUCUAUCACGGAGCUUCAGCGGAACAAAUCUGCCAGCGAACUUGUGAAAUGAUCCUGUGUCCAAACACAUAUAUCUACUCUGUUUUUUUCCUGUAUUUUUUUUAUACUUUAAGUGUUGUAUGAAUUGGUUUUAUAUACCUGCACGUAUAAAAAUCCAGUUAUUUAAAGCAUUGCUGUUCGUUUUGAUUUGGUUUGUGCUGCCUGUGUGGGUUACAUGUACUCUGUUCAAGCGCUGCGUGGUUGAGUUUUGUGUGUAGCGCUGAACCACUCCAAAUAAACUGCUUUGUGAAUCA